AUGGAUGCCCCUGUACAGAUUUUCCGUGAAGAGCCGGACUCUACUUGCUCCCCGGAGCCUUGUCGUGCCCCAAGCACCAGCAGCAGCUGGCUCUUGGGCUGGGCAGACUACGACAGCAAUGACACUGGGGCCUUUGGGGACACCCAGCACAACCACACCAGCAUCUCCCCUGCCAUCCCCAUCAUCAUCACUGCUGUCUACUCCAUUGUCUUCGUUGUCGGCUUGGUGGGAAACUCACUGGUCAUGUUUGUCAUCAUAAGAUACACAAAGAUGAAGACAGCAACCAACAUCUACAUUUUCAACCUGGCUAUGGCAGAUGCUCUAGUUACCACUACUAUGCCUUUCCAAAGCACUGAGUACCUGAUGAACUCUUGGCCCUUUGGUGAUGUGCUGUGUAAAAUAGUUAUUUCAAUUGACUAUUAUAACAUGUUUACCAGCAUAUUCACACUGACCAUGAUGAGUGUUGAUCGAUAUAUUGCCGUGUGUCACCCUGUGAAGGCUCUGGACUUCCGCACACCUCUCAAGGCAAAGAUAAUCAAUAUCUGUAUCUGGCUGUUGUCCUCAUCUGUAGGUAUAUCUGCAAUAGUGCUUGGAGGUACCAAAGUCAGGGAAGAUACUGGUAGCACUGAAUGCUCCUUGCAGUUUCCAGACAGAGAUUAUGUCUGGUGGGACAUCUUCAUGAAAAUCUGUGUCUUUGUCUUUGCAUUUGUUAUUCCAGUUCUCAUUAUAAUUGUUUGCUACACUCUGAUGAUCCUGCGCCUUAAAAGCGUCCGACUUCUCUCAGGAUCUCGAGAGAAAGAUCGAAACCUGCGCCGCAUCACCAGGUUGGUUCUUGUGGUUGUGGCAGUUUUUAUUAUCUGUUGGACUCCUAUUCACAUUUUUGUGCUAGUUGAAGCAUUAGGGGAUGUGUCCCACAGCACUGCUGCUAUAUCCAGCUAUUACUUCUGUAUUGCUCUGGGUUACACCAACAGCAGCCUCAACCCAAUUCUUUACGCUUUUUUGGAUGAAAACUUCAAGAGAUGUUUCAAAGACUUCUGCUUCCCCUUUAAGAUGAGGAUGGACAGACAGAGCACCAGCAGAGUCAGAAACACUGUGCAAGACCCAGCUUAUAUGAGGGAAAGAGACGGGACAAACAAACCUGUAUGA